AUGUAAUAAAAGCAAAAUUAAGCCAAAAUAAGGAAUGCCUUGCAAUAGUAGUUGUUUCCGAAGAUGUAGAAGAAAAUAGAACAACCCAAAACACAGCCCAAAAGGUAUAAUAUGAUUUCCAUGAUUUAAAUUAAGAGCCAUUAGAAUAGAAGACGAAAAUAAACUAUCAAUAGCAUUACCACAUAUUGAGACUAUUGCUAUCAAUUUUAAUUCCAAGUAUCAACUAGGCAAUAUGAUUGGAGAAGGUGCACAUGGAUUAGUGAGAAAAGCCAUCAAAGUCGAAACUGGAGAAUAAGUAGCAGUCAAAAUUUCCAGGAGUGGAGACCCUGAGCUUAUCAAAACUUUUACUGAAGCAUAUAAAAAUACCAGAAUACUAGAUCAUGAGUUCAUUAUAAAAGUCUACGAAUGUUACAUAGACGAACAAUCAGAAACUUUAUAUUUGGUAAUGGAGUACUCAAAUUUACGCAGCUUGGAAGAUGUAAUUAAAAAACACAAGAGAUUAACGUAAAUGUAUAUCCUUCAAUAAGGGAGGAAUAAGCCAAGAUUUUGAUUAGACAUAUUCUUUUGGCUCUUCAGCAUAUCCACGAGAGAGGAAUCGCUCAUAGAGACCUAAAACCAGAUAAUGUAUUGAUCAACAAAAAGUCUCUCGAUAUCAAAAUCAUAGACUUUGGAGUCAGUAGAAGAUUCAAGAAAUACAAUGGCAGAGAAUUUGUCGACGUAAACAUGUGGACUAGAACUGGAAAUGUUUAUUAUACAGCUCCAGAGAUCUUGACUGGAGGAGGCUAUGAUGAAAGAGUGGAUCUCUGGUCUCUGGGAGUCUGUCUAUUUCAUAUCUUGAGUGGCCAGUUCCCUUUCUUUGAAGAUAGUGUAUUGGGAACCAUAGAGAAAAUAUUAAAGGGCAAUUUUGAACUUAAUGAGAAUAUAUCCUGGCUGGCUAGAGAUCUAAUUAAGCGACUCCUCAAUCCCAAUCCAGCUGAAAGGUUAUCGGCGUAAUGUAUAUUUUAGAGAUUCACAUUAUAGUGGCUCUACAGCAUCCCUGGCUCUAUCAUUACUAGAUUGAUCCCAUCUCACCUAAUAGCACCGAACUUAUAAGCAAAACCAACUGCAGGGCUUAUGAUGAUAUCUGUGACAUCUCUCAAGGGGGAGACAAGAAUACAUAUUACAGCAGAAACCUUCAUAUGAGAAGCAAUACUAUGACCAAGAGUCCAGCCUUGUAUUAGGAACCUAAUAUCAAUACUAACACAAAUACAAAUACAAAUACAAAUACAAAUACAAAUUCAAGUUCAAAUUCAAAAUCUCCCCUUAAUUUAUUAAAACAAGAUCUCGACGAAGAUAUUCAAUAGUCUCCUUUAAUUAAACUGAAGAAAAUUCAAAAUCAAAUGAAUAAAGAAAUCAAUAUCAUAAAAAAGAAUGAAUCUAAUGUACAAGGCUUACUUAGGAUUAGGCAGAUAUUGCAAAUGGAAAAAUUAGACAUCAUACAUGAAAUUUAAUGA